UUUCCCACAAGCAAUUUAUGCCAUAGAAAUGUAACUGAGGAAAGUCUUUGCGGCGAUCCACCAAUCAGCAUUUUCGCUCAUGAAAAUGAGAUCAAUAUCCUCAAGGAUUCAUAUAAUCAGGUCGAUGUUACGAGAGAUUGCAAACCAAUUCUCAAACUUGAGGAUCAUAUAAGUCAUCUUCCAGCUGUUUAUACAUUGCCAGAAGUUGAUGAAGAAGCCGAGGAAAAUACCGAAAUGUAAAACAUAAACUUCAACUGAAAGUAUAUAUUAGAAAACAAAGAAGAAAUGAAGAGUAAAAGGCGCCAAGCGUCUAAUCGAGGAUUUCAUGGCAUUUUUUAUAUCAAAUUGCAAAAUAAAAACAAUCAAAUUUUGUAAUUUAAGGGAGUCUUAAAUAUUAACUAUAAUAGUUAUUAAAUUCAUUUUAUGCUUUUGAAUUUUAUAGUCACUAUUUUAUUAUACCUAUUAUUUUUAUCUAAAAAAAAUUGGUUUUUUUUAUAACCAAAAGACUAUCUCUCAAAACCAUGAAAUCCUGAAAAAAAAAUUAUGUCUCAAAAGGCGUUUUCAGGUGAAGACUUCGUGCCUUCAGGAUGUUGUAAUGAUUGUUAAGAAUGAUUUUUAUAUUGAAGAUUAAAAACGAGAGAAAAGAACAGUUCUUUUUUUCUACAAAUUGUAUAAAAUGAUGUUUGAUAAUAGAAAAGAAAUUCCUCUCGAUUUCGAGUCUUCAGUAUUUUUUAAAUAUCAGGAUACAUAUGUAUAUAUACAGUUCAAGAGCAAUGGAAAGUUUUUUCUUAUAGAAAAUUAAUUCUGUAAGAAAAGCAAUUAUAUAAAUACGACAAAAAGUCUCUUGCAAAUAGAUAAAAAAUUAAGUUUCCAGGGCUCGAACCAGUGAAAGUAUUUAAAAAUACAUACGGACUUUACAGACCAAAAAAUAAAAAUUAUGGAAUAACUACUGACAAAAAUAU